AUGCGGGUGGAGAAGUCGGACAUUCCGACAAAGGCUCAGGUGCGACAGGCGAUCCCGGCUCACUGCUUCAAGCGCAACACCGCCAAGUCGAUGAUGUACGCGGCCAUCUCGGUCGCGCAGUCGGCGGCGUGCCUUUGGGCAGGGACGCUCAUCCCGAUGAAGGCGGCCUUUGCGCCGCUGUGGCUGGCGUACGCGGCCGUCACGGGCACGGUGUGGACGGGCAUGUGGGUCGUCGCGCACGAGUGCGGCCACAAGGCCUUCUCCGACAACCUGAAGCUGCAGGACGCGGUCGGCUACUUUCUCCACACGCUGCUGCUCGUGCCGUACUUCAGCUGGCAGCGCUCGCACGCCGUCCACCACGCGCACACGAACCACAUCACCAAGGGCGAGACGCACGUGCCCUUCGUCGUCCACGGCCGGGAGGGCAUCGAGAACGGCGGCGGCGAGCACGACCUCGAAAAGGCGGAGAAGCUGGGCAAGCGGGCGUGGGGCACGCUGCAGCUCGUGUUCCACCUCGUCUUCGGCUGGCCCGCGUACCUGCUGUGGGGCGCCACCGGCGGGCCAAAGUACGGCACGUCGAACCACUUUGUGCCGGUCAAGCCGUUCAACACCAACCUGUGGCCCGCCUCCUGGCCGCUCAAGGUUUGGCGCUCCGACCUCGGCAUCGGCGCCAUGCUCGGCGUCCUCGGCCUGGUCGCCUCGAAGAUUGGCGGCGCGCGGCUGGCGAUGCUGUACGGGGCGCCGUACCUCUUCACGAACGCGUGGCUCGUGCUGUACACGUGGCUGCAGCACACCGACGUGGACGUGCCCCACCUCACCAACGACGAGUUCUCGUACAUGCGCGGCGCCUUCCUCACCGUCGACCGGCCGUACGGCCGCGUCUUCGACUGGCUCCACCACAAGAUCGGGUCGACGCACGUGGCGCACCACAUCGACUGCACCAUCCCGCACUACCACGCGCGCGAGGCGACCGACGCCAUCGCAAAGGCCUUCCCCAAGGCGUACCUCUACGACCCCACGCCGAUCCACACGGCGCUCUGGCGCGUCGCGAGCAACUGCAUCGCGGUGAAGCUGCAGCCCUUUGGCGGGCGGUACACGUGGGUGCCGGUGGGCAGUCAGUAG